AUGGAAGCUGAUCCAGCUAUUGUUUUAGAAUGGUUGGACGCUGCAAACGAUGAUCUCAGAGAGUUGCAGUUAACAGCACUGGAACAACUAUGCAACGAAGUCCUCUUCUCUGACAAUAUUGAUGUCUUCUUUGAGCGUUAUCCACCACGUCUUUUUAUACCUGCUUUGUGUAAAAUAUUUUUGGAUGAAUUGGCUCCAGACUCGGUUUUGGAAGCGAAUGCUCGUGCCCUCACGUAUUAUUUAGAUGUCAGUUUAGACUGUGCUCCACGAAUUGCACGUUCACCGAAUGUAUUGACAGCAAUGACUUCCAGAUUGGAUGCAGUUGAUAUGACAUCGGCGAAAAGUAAUGAACUUGGACAGCAGAUUAUAAAAAUGUUGCAGCUUAUUUGUACACGAGAACCUGGAGCUGUAUACACGGCCGGAGGAUUGACUUCUGUAUUGCGUUACAUACGUUUGUAUCCACAUCUGCUUCACGCUGAUGUCCUUCAGGCUGGAAUGGAUAUCAUUAGACGUUUAUUUACUAGGGCUGAUCCAACAGAUAAGAAUUUAACCAGCUGGAUUGAUUCGUUGAGUUCACUUCUAGAUCGUCGAGAAAUAGGCGUGGCUGAUCAAGCACUACGUGCAUUCGCUAAUUUGGUUGCUCGAUUUACUCGAACAGGCACAGAUCCUACUCCACUUGCCGAUCCGCAUAUUAUUGAUUGUCUUCUUCAACGACUUCGUGUUGCUGGUGGUGUAGAAGCUGAUAGUGAAGUGACGACGGAUCCUUCUGGUUCUAAUCAACCAGCAGAUACAUCUGGAGGUGGUCGUGAUGGUCUUUCAGUUCCAUCUGAAAGCAAUCCAGUUGUAGUUCAUGCAGUGACCAGUAUACUGACUUCGCUUUGUUGCAAUUCUUUGAGUAUAACACGUAAACUCUUAACUAACGACGGCCAGUUUGCUAUGACAUUGGCUAUGGUUGUUCAACGUAGCACUGAUGAAUUAGUUGUUAUCAGUGUUCUACGACUAAUAGAAAUUCUCUUGGUAUUACUCUAUCAAAAUCAUCAUCAACAUCAGCAGCAACAUCUUCAACCAAAAUUGAAUGAUUCCUCACAGAAGACAGAAGAGAUGAGUGAAUCUACUUCAGUAGAAACUGCUAAACAUGAUAUUUCCAAAAAAGAACCCUUAGAAGGUCAAUCGUCCAAACAGACUGAGUUUAAAACCUCUGUAUCGAUUCUUGAGCAUGCUGAAAAUUCACAGUGUUGUAUUGAACAACCUGAACGCGCAAGUGAUAGUAGUGCACUGGAAUCUCAACAUUCUUGGGAAGGAGAUGCUGUUCAUCGUCAUUUUAUCGAGGCUAUAAAACGACAAGACAUUGAUUUCAUGAAGUGCAGUUUAAAGUCUGGAAAAAUUGAUGUGAAUUACAUGGAUCAUUUGGGUCAAACACUAUUGAACUGGGCGGCAUCAUUUGGAUCACCAGCUAUGGUUGAACUUUUAUGUGCUCAUGGUGCAAAUGUCAAUUUAGGCGUCCGUAGUCCUUUAGACUAUGCUGCUUCAUUUGGACGUGUUGAUGUAUGCCGAACAUUGCUUAAUUGGGGUGCUGAUAUAAACAAACGAGAUGCACAAGGUAGAAGACCUAUAGAUCGAGCACGUGAACAUCCAGAUUUUCCGGGUUCACAUCAAGUUAUUGAUAUGUUGGAGUCAGAGGCGAAAAGAGUCAGUUUAAGAGGUUUAUCAUCAAACUUAGAUAAACCAGAUAAACAAACAGAUGGUUCCUCUUCCAUCUCCUCCUCCUCCGCAUCACCUUCACUGGAUAGUAAUAAGCAUGGUGCUGAUAACCGAGAUAACGAUGAUCCUGCUGAAGCUCAACGUUUAUUUGUUCAUCAACUGCUUCCCUUGUUAGUUGGACUCUUUCGAGAAAGUACAUCGUCAUCUGUAAGACAUCAAUGUACACUUUUGGUUUGGCGUAUGAUUCACUAUAUGCACCCUGAUCAUCUGGAAGCGAUCAGUUUAAUGGAGAAUCAGUCAGUUCCAUUCGCUUUUUCAUUAACACAAAUGAUAUACACUGUACUAAUUGAGGAAAGAGAAGAAUUAAUUCUACGUGCAUUAGAAUUAUGCCUUCGUUUAUUGCAUAAAUCUCCGUCUAUCUAUACUCUAGUCUUUUAUCGACUAGGCUUAAUGCCAUUAAUUCAAAUAUUAGUUGAUAUAUUGCAUCAUUUAAUUAUUGAAAGUAAACCAACAACAAUUGACCAACAACAGCACAUUUCUGUAGCAUCACCAGCAUCCGAUGAAAAUAAUGCCAAAGAUAUGUGUACAACUCCUGUGUCGUCUACUGUUAACACCACCACAACAACAACAGCUACUUCUGCUAUCACUACCGCUUCUAGUACAUCGUCACCAUCUUCUGUUGCUGCCAGUGAAGAAACACCAACAACAACACCAGAAAAAGCGACAGUAGUAGUCGUAGGUGAGAGUCAAUCACCAUCAACAAUAGUGGUGGAUAAAAGCACUGAAGAUCAGGAGGAGGAGGAGGCUGUUGGAUCGAGUGGAGUAAAUUUAACAGGAAAUGAUAAUGAUUUACAUGAAAUAUUGUCAAAGGCAGUAACUGAACAACAACAACAACAACCACAACAAAAAGACGACAAACAAUCGAUAUCACCACCACAGAAUGCCAUGUCGUCUACUACAACGCCUGAACCACCUGUUUAUCUGAAUGCACAACUUUAUAAUUGGAAUGGUUGGUACUUUUUCUGUAUGGGUCAACUACUGUCCAUCUUCAAUGGAUUCGCUUUUAUUACAAUUCAACUGCAACCAGAAGAUGGUUGUCUACGUAUCUUAUGCAUUCAUCACUAUGGAAAUAGAAGUAGUCCGACACCAGUGCAACUACAUCCAGGAGAAAAUCCAUUUCCACGACCUGGUUUGAAGUCAAGAAUGCUCCGUAUGCACCAACAUUUAAUGGAACUUGUUGACAGUAAUAUUACAAUUAUUCCAUUAUUUCAAGAGGACAAUGAAAGUGAGAAAAAUACGGGAAACGAAGAAAAACAACAGGUCGACCAGUCAACAAUGUCUGUAUAUCAAACACGUUUAAGUAUUUUAGGCGAUUCUAGUCUAUACAAUUUAGAGGCUUCACGUAAUAAUGCCCGCCGUUUCAGAAGACGUUUAGGUCUACGUCACGACCCUGUUUCUACACAUAUUGCUGCGUCUACAGCAGCGACUGUAGGCAGCGGCUCAUCAAAGCUCCAACGUCAGGCUUCAUCACCAGCUCGUGUUUGUCUUACCUCGAAGUUUUCUGCAAAAAUUGCUCCCCACUCGCCUAGUUCUCCUGGUGUUGGCGAUACUCGAACACCUAAUUCUGUUUCAUUUGGUUCAAUGGUUUGCAGUCUACUGAAACAAAAAGAUGGAACUUACGUUUCUGUGAAACCAAGAGUAUCGUCUUUGUGUGGUGGCUCUAAACCGCUGUUCAGUGAAGCAUUAUUACUAUCUGAGAAUUCUUGUAGUGGUUUCAAACGCGUACGUAUUGCUUCGGUGGGCAAAGAAGCUAGUGCGUCAGCCCUAUCAGACUCGUCGUCUGUGAAUAACGAUUCAAAAUCUAGUAAAGCGAUACCCAAGGUAGAUAAAAAUCCAAGGGAAUUAUUAAAGUCGGCGAAACGCCAUUCACGAAGUUUCAUAAGCAUGUUUUCACAACUUGAUCUCCCACUGUCUAGUGUUUCGAAUUCACCGUCUGUUACUCCGACAAAUACCACCACGCCUGUAACACCUGCUGCCAGUGCUUCAAUAUGCUCACAAGACAUACCAGAGAUAUUUGAUUUUGAUUCACUAAUCGGUAACUCGGAUCCCUUGAAUGUCGGCGUGGAUUAUUUACAAUUCUGGGAUGAAUCAGCUGCAGGUGCCGAUGACAACAGUGUUGUAACAGAUGUUGAUGAGAAGUGCACUAGCAAAGACGACGAAAUGAUUACAGCAACUAAAAUGGAAUUAUCAAGAAUUGAUAAACUAUUUUUCCCUGAUGAAAUUGUUCAUGAAACAUACAAUAGUGGUCAAUUAGUUGUUCUGUUACGCUCAGAAGAUGAUGAUUCACGACCAGAAAUGGCAGCUGAACGACUUAGUAUUGUACGCAAGUACAUGUUAACUUUAUCUGAGAAAUUAUUAGAAAAAUUACAAUAUCAAACAAAUCUAUCUCUAGAGAAAGAAGAAUAUUCAUCAAGUAUAAUUGAUAAAAUUGGACCAAUAGAUGGAUUGAGUCGAAUCAAGAAAAUAGUUGUGCAAAUAUGGGAUGCGUUUAAAACAGAUCAAUACAAUAACAAUACAAUGAAUGUAACGUUGAAUAAGUUAUUUGUCGCUUUUAAGCAGUUAUCAGUUAUAUUAAAUGAAGGUGAACAAACAAUUACAGCUUAUGAGUUGACUACCAGUGGUUUGAUUCAAGUUCUACUGCUAUGUCUGUCAGUUGCUCAUGCUGGUCGUUGGCGUUGUCAUACAUUCUCUGUGAAAUUAGACAGAACAACAGCUUUAUUAUGGUAUCUUCAAGAGAGACGACGUGUAUUCGUACAAAACAUGUUAUCCCGUUCCAAGUCCAGAAGUAUAUCACUCCUUGUAAGGCGACUGGUGCAGGCUUUUGAACUAACGGAGCAUCUUCCACUGAGAUUGUUUUCUGCAGCCCACUUUUCAAGAUCUUCAACAACGUCGAAUACUUCAGAACAGGCGUCUUCAGAUCGUACUGUUGUCAAUAGUGAUGCAAUUGUUAACAAGAAAUCAGAACACCAUCCAUCAUCUAUAGUGGAUAAAAUCGGUUAUGCUGCAUCGCUACCAAUUAAUUUUAUCAAUAGUUCUUUCAAUCGUUGUCAAUUAACAGUCUGUACUGACAGUGGAGAUUCUGUAUCCAUCAAUGUGAAACAACCUUUUCAAGAUAGCAUGGAUGCUAAAGAGUUAUCAGCUUUGCUACGUUUUUGUCCUGUUCUCCUGGAUUUCCCAGAAUUUGAUUCAUGCGUGCCCAGUUUACAUCAAAUCGCUAAGCGUUUAUCUGUAUACUUGGAUAAAUUGCCGAAACCACCAAGCGAUGAUGAGUCUGGCGGUAAAUCGUGUGAUAAUGACUCCAGACGACUGUACAACUGGCGUGGUAAAGCACUUUUUGUCAGUCCAUUGGCAACUGUAAAUCAGUUAGAACGAUUUCUCAGUCGUAUGUCGACAAAACAAUGGUAUGAAUGUCCUCGUGCUGAUCUACCUCUCUGGAGUCAAAUUCGUUUCGCGAAUAAUUUCAACUCCAGUGGCUUGUGUUUUCCUGCCCCACCACCUGGGAAUAGUUCAGCUGAUUAUUUAGGCGGUGUAAUCGACUGGCUUGCAACUAAUGGUAAUCGUCAUCCAUUGGAAGAUUGGGUUAAUCCAGCUAUGGUUGGACUUGUGAGUAUAGCUGCCUCGACAAGUAAUCCUGUGAAAGGUAGACCUGUGUCAAUUUUAGGACCUCAAGCUGGAGCUUUAGUUGGCGGUUAUACAAUUCGUGGCAGUGGUAUAGGCGUUGUCGUUAAACCGAAACGUGUGAAUUGUCCAAGUGGAAAUAAUCAAACUGAAAAUCGAAAUAAAAAGAAUGCAACAGAACAAAAGUCGGAUCAUACGAGUACUACUACUGCUACUACUGGUGCUGCUGCAGCUGACAGUGUGCAAACGGUUACAGAAAAUGAAACACACGCUUGGAUUGCUAUUGAUUUAGGUUUACAGUUAGUACCGACUGCGUAUACUUUGGCGUAUCUUAGACGAGCUGAUGCAUCGGAACAUUCACUUGCCUUACGAAAUUGGAAAUUAGAGGCUUCAAAUGACGCAAUAUCUUGGACUGUUCUACGCGAACAUAAUAAUGAUCUAAGUAUUCAUUCUGUAUCCGGUAGUCGUGCCACCUGGAGUAUACCAAACUGUGAUACGAAUCAUGACACUGCGCCUGAAACCUUAUCUUCUACAUCGAAUACAUCAGCGUCUGUAAAUAAGGUGAAAGGAUGGCGAUUCUUUAAAAUCCAGGUGACGGGACCGAAUGCAAAUGGAGGGAAACAACUGGCUCUUGGAGGUCUAGAAUUUUACGGCAAUGUUUACACUGUACAUAAUUCUAUAUUAACUUCUAGUGCUAUCGCACAAAAAAUCUAUUCAUCAAAUUCACUAAAUGAAAAGAAAGACAUUUCAUCAGCAGCACCAACACCACCACCACCACCAAAACAAUCAUUAUUGUCACUUGUCAAAUCUACUAAUCCUAAUCAAGUUGGCGUAAUUCAUCGUACUAAAGAUUGUGCUACUUCUAGCACUACCACCACUACUACUACGACUACUACUACUGAAAAAAGUUCUGUUGUGGAGGGUGAUAUAGUUCAGAAGGUGUGUAGAAAAUCACCUCCAAAGUCAUCUUCACCACCACCACUGUCUAAGAAUUCAAGUGUCAGUUGUCCAGAUAACAGACAGAUGGCUGGUUCAUCAAAAGAUAAUCAAAAACAACAGCAAUCCAGUAGUGGUACAGCAGCAACAACAACAAGAACAACAACGACUGAUUGUAACAAUAAUAAUAAUCCACAAUUAUCAUCGCAAUCGAAUAUUUUCGAUAGUAGUAAUGAAGACAAUGAUGGUGUUGAAGACGAAGAAGAAGAAGGUGGACUAAUUGGUGGUUCUGGUGUUCAUCUUGAUGAUGAUGACGAUGGUAAUGACGAAGAAGGAGGAGGAGGUGGAGGAGGGGAAGGACUGAUUGGUGAAGGCGUUUUCCUCGAUAAUGAUGAUGAGGAUGUUGAUGAUGAUGACAAUGAUGAUGGAGGUGAUGAGCCCAACGAUAUUGACAACAGCAAAAAUAACAAUAAGGACAGUGAUGACGACGAUAAUGAUGAUGAUAUGGAUGCUGAAGACGAUGGCGAAAAUGCUGCGACUGAUGAAGCAAAUGCUGCACUAAUGAAUAUUCUAUUCAACGAUGAAGAAGAAGAAAUUGGUUCUUCUGAUGAUAUCCUAAUGAUGGAUAGGCAUAAAAGAAGUGAACUGGAUGAUGACAAUAAUACCUUGAGAUUAUCGCAUAGAAAUUUAGACGAUUUAUCUAGUAGAGCACUUGAUGCAAAAAUCUUACAAUGCGUUGAUAGCCUUCUUGCUAACGACAAAGCAUCUCCAGAUCUAUGUCGAAUACUACGGCGAAUUGCAGCUCAAGAUUUAAAUUUCAGUCUAUCAAAUAAGUCAACGUCGCGUAGUAUGGAUAGUAUAAACGCCAGAGAGGAGUAUAGUUCAACAAUCACUGGCCUGUCAGAUAAUACAAAGAAGGUGAAUUCCGAAGAGAUUGACGUGACCGAGCCCUACUGUUUUAUGGAUCAGAGCAAUACGGAAUCAACUGAGUCAGGUGAACCCAGUCUUGGCUAUUUACUCAACUCAAUUGAACCAGAAGCAAUCGAGUUUGCCGACACAGUGGAGGCUAUAAUCCGUAGCAACACUGUUCAGAAUAGACAAGAUAGUGAUGAUUCCCAUGUUUUAGAUAUGAGCAAAUCGUGGAAAAAUAUUCAAUCUAUCCACAGCAAAACUGACAUCCCUUUAAUUGAUCAAAAGCAUGGAUCUGAUGAUCACCACCAGUCUUAUGCAGGUAGUAGGAAUCCCCUGAAAGGUGGUGUUACAGUAUCAGAGAAAGUUUGUCAUGUGAAGCAGAAAUCUCUACCGUCAGUUUCACAGUCAUCAUCUCCAUCGAAUACAACUUUGAGUAAUCAACCUAAUAACACUAAAUUGUCAAGCGGUUCUCUUGAUGAUAAUAAUAAUAAUAAUAAGAAACUACCUAAAUCACCUCAUCCGUUUUCUAAACAGGACAAUGAAAUUUCUUCACUUAACGUAAACAUAUCAUUAGAUAGUUCUCAGUCUACAGGUCUGUCGUCUUCAUGGAAAUCCUCAACUCAUCAACCAUUUCGUCGUCGUAUUCGUCGGCCUAGACCACGUCCAAUAGUCUCUUCGGGAUCUCGAGAAACACCUGCUAGUCAUUCAUGUUCACCUUGUACUGGAAGUCCUGCUGUUCCUUUGUCAUGGAAUGAAGCCAUAGAUUCUCUACGUUUACCUCUUGGCUUAAUUCCUGCAUUUAUUCCUAAUCCGGGAUCAACUAAUGCUCCAGGUACUACAGCUUAUGUAUUAUGUCAUCCUCCAUCUAGUCAACCUGAGUGUACAACAAAUAUUGAAGAUUCAUCUUCGCGUUUGUCUUUGUUCCUUGGUGUUUAUAUGAAUUCUGAGUAUUUGAUUCAAAUACCGUUACGUGAUAAAAAUGCCACUUUAUUCAAAUACAUUCAGGAAUUAUCAGAGAAAUUUGAAAUGCUUGAAGAUUCUAGUAAAUAUCGCCUGUCUAAAUCAGUUGAUGGAUUGGAUAAAAGUAAAAAUAGUUAUGUGAUUAAGUUGGGCUAUCGUUUUUGGGAUGCAAAAGAUGAGGAUGCGAAAAAUAAUGAUGAAUAUUGUGUUCAGCGUGUAACUCAACCUGCUGGUGACACUGUUACUCCGAACAGCUCUGCUGGAACUGCAAGCGCUUAUAACAAUGAAGCAAAUAUCAGAACAAUUUACGGACAAGCAUUAUUAAACAAACGUGACUUACGUUUCACUCCAUCUCUUGAUCGACCUAUAAAAUAUACAUCAUCCGGUAUUGAUAUACCUAUAAUUGGUGAUGAUAAGAACGACGGAUGUAACGAUGAUAAUUAUGAUGCAUCUGAUAAAAUAAAUAAUUCAUUGUUAACGUGUGAAAUUAAUGCACCUCAUCCACCUAGUAAUCCUGAGGAUAUUUUACAGCUUAUAAAGCUACUGUAUCAAUUGUCAGGUUUAAAAGAAUCGAAUGAAUUAGGCUUGAAUGAUUUCAUUAUGGAUAAGAAAUCUCUUGAGGAUAUUAUACCUGCCAACAAUGAUCAGAAUGAGUCAAUAGAAGUUAAAAUUCAAGAUUUUGUAUCUAGUCGGCUAACAAAUAAACUGUUACGUCAAAUUCAUGAUCCUUUGGCACUGGCAUCUGGUGCAUUACCAAAUUGGUGUUUAUCACUAAGUCAAAGAUUCAAUGUUAUCUUUUCAUUUGAUGCACGUUCUCAAUUGUUCACUUCGUGUGCAUUUGGUCCAGGAAGAGCUGCAAUUUGGCUUCAAAAUCGUCCACUUCAAAAACGCAGUUAUGCUGCAGGAACAACUGGAACAACAGCAACUUCACUUUCUGAGACAUUUAGUCGUGCUGGGAGUGCCAACAGUACAAGUGGUCGUUUAUCUUAUCGAAUCUUUUUACCGUCUAGUGGUGGUGGUGUUGGUGGAAAUGCUUCCUUGAUUUCUGCUCUGUUGAAUAACGCCGCCAUCACCACCAGCAAUCACAACAGCAGCAUUAAUACACCAGAUACAUCAACCAAUUCGAAUACAGAUUAUGUGCUAUUACGGCCAUCUAUAUUAACUCAUCUGUUGAAUGCAACCAGUGGGGGGACAUCUAAUAGUAAUAAUAACAGUAUUUCUCAAAUUGAUAGUCUUGACAUUAAUUCUGAGCAUAUUUCAUCCCUGGAAUCAGUUUUAACCAGUUUAGGAAUACCUUUACCGUCUAGUGGUAAUUCUUUGAAUUGUGAUGCCUAUUUCUCAGACAAUAAUAAUAAUAGUAAUAGUAACAGUAAUACUACUAGUGAUCUACUUAAUUGUUUAUUAAUUCAUUCUAAUCAAAAUGUCCAAUCAUUGGCUAGUACAACAAUGACCACAACAAGUACUACACCGAAUAACGGCGGUAGUGCGAGUGGUGGCGGUAUUGGAUUUAACUCUGAGGAUCGAUCAACAUCGAAUAUUGGUCGUUUGCACAAGGAGUUUGUACGUAUACCACGUUUACCGCAUGAAUUAUUGCUAACACAACAGAAGAAUAAAUACUUUUUAAAAUUGUCGCCAAAUUACUCGUAUCAGUCAGAUAAAUUAACAUUUUGGCAUUGGGCAUCAAGACUUAUGGAAGAGCAUGCAUCACGUAAAUCUGAAUUAGAAAUUCAGUUUAUCGGUGAAGAAGGUACUGGUUUGGGUCCAACUCUAGAAUUCUACUCACUUUUGGCUGCUGAACUUCGCCGACGUGAUGGUCUAAUGUGGGUUACAGAUGAUUUCCCAAUACUGUCUCAGACAAACAAUCGUCGACCAGCUCUGCCUACAAUUUCUAGUUCAACAACUUUAGAAGAGCAUACUGAUUCAAGUCUUGGGAGUUAUAAUUCAGUUGAUUGUGAAACAGACGAUAUCGAUGAAGCUAGUAUAUACGUGAACACACCUUGUGGAUUAUUCCCAGCGCCUUGGCCAGGAGAUCAGGUGCCUGAAUCUGUUCUGCAUCGUUUCUACAUUCUGGGUAUCACAGUGGCCAAGUGUUUACAGGACAAUCGUCGUAUCGAUCUGCCUCUGUCACCGCCAUUGUUAAAACUUCUUUCAACCUAUGGUAGUAUUGUUCAAGAUGGUGAUAAUCAUAAAUCAACUUCAAAGAAGUUAGAAAGUGUUGUCACUCCUGAAAAUUGUUCAAGUAAAGAUGUUCAUCAAACAGAGAACAAUGUCGACUUUUCUAUCCUCUCAGAUGUUGAAAGUGCUUUUCAAAAUAUUCUCUACAGUCGCUCUUCUUCUUCUUCUCCUACAAAUCAAUCCUUCAAGUUAUCAGAACUUGUUCAAGAGUCAAGCUCAUCAAGUGAGAUUGAUGAUGCUGAUGCUGAUGAUGAAUUUGAUUUGGCGUCGUUUCUUGUCAGCCCUCAGUACAAACGACUCUAUCAGUGCUCUGAAGAAUCUGUUAACCAGUUACAGUCGUCUACAACACACUGGAUAUCUGGUAUAUUGCAUUUAAAUGAUUUUUGCCUUAUUUAUCCUGAACGGGCUAAAUUCAUGCGACAAAUUGCACAAUUUCAUUGUCGUAAAUACAAGAGGAUAAUGAAGAAUACUCAACGAGGAGAUGAUUUUAGUCAGUUAGCAAAUGAGAUUUUCGGAUGUGAUCUAGAAGAUUUGUGCAUAUCUAUGGAGUUCCUGCCUCCUUCUAAGCUCUUUGGAUUUUCAGCCUAUCCAUUGAAAGAAUAUUACGAAUGGGAAAGGGAUUCUACAGAAGUAGCGGUAGAGAAGAAAACAGAUCCUGAUAUAUCGCCGGCAACUCCUGUUUCAAGCCAAAAUGUUGAAAAGUAUUUAGAACUAACUUUAGCCUUUUGUUUAGAUAAAGGUAUUCGUAAACAAAUGGAUGCUUUCAAAGAUGGUUUUCAACGUGUCCUACCUUUACGUUGGUUAGCCUUAUUCACUGGAACAGAGCUAGGCCAAUUAAUCUCUGGUGAUUCAGUUGCUCAAUGGACACGUGAAGAUCUCCUCGCCUAUACAGUGCCAAGUUUAGGCUUUACUAAACAAUCCCCAACCUAUCAAAUGUUAAUCAAUGUACUCAGCAAUUUCAAUCUGGCUGAACGACGCGCCUUUUUACAAUUUACAACAGGUUGUUCUAGUCUUCCACCGGGUGGUUUAAAAAAUCUGCAUCCACGCCUGAGAAUAGUACGUAAAGAAGUGACAAACAGUGGACCGUAUCCUAGUGUCAACACAUGUGUACAUUAUUUAAAGCUACCAGAAUAUCAAUCAGAGAAAGAGUUACGCACGCGGUUGUUACAAGCAACAAAAGAGAUUGGUUUCUAUUUGAAUUAAAUCAAUUUCCCUGCUUCUUUCUUUCUUUCUUUUCACGGUUUAUCAUUUGUUCUCUUUGGUUUUGUAUUUAUACAUAUAUAUAAAGUGACUCAAGGUAAACUAUGGAGAAACAUAUGACAUUUUCUGGUCGAAAGUUACUCAAAAUCCCUUUCUUUUUCUGCAUGUAUUUGUGUGUGUGUGUGCGUGUGUGUUUCUAUGUAUGUUCAGUUUGUAUAUCAGUCUUUGUCGUUCUGCUCAGUUGAUGUGACCGUACUAUCUUUCGUAAACUACCUAUUGUAUUGUGUGUGAUUUUCGAAUUUCCGCAGAAAUCUCACCCCUUGUUUGCUUGUUUUCUUAACAAGUCGAAAGAAAGCACCACUGUAGGAUCCAUCCAUUCACAUCUAUAGUGAUAUUUUUUGGGUAGAACCCAAACAGUCUUUGGCUU